AAUCGAUGAGAUUUAUGGAGAUGGUGUUGGGCAGAAAGUUUGGGCUGCAAUUACCAAAUGUUUGCAAGAACUUUUUGAAGAAUAUAGGAACAAUCGUUCUUCUCCAAGUGAAGUGUCCUCUCAGCCAAGUGAUUCACCCCCAUCUAAGCAAGGUGGAGAGAGAGCUAGAAAGUUGAAGACUAGAAUUGUAAAGAAGAUGAAGCUGAAUAGUGGAACAGCAAGCAGUUGCAGCAGGGGCAGCAGGACUGAAUUGGAUAGAUACUUGGCCGAAGAGUGUGAAGAAGAUUGCAAAAAGUUUGAUAUUCUUACUUGGUGGAAGGGGCAGUCAACUAGAUUUCCAAUAUUGUCCAGCUUGGCUCGUGAUGUGCUCGCCAUCCCAAUCUCCACCGUUGCUAGUGAAUCUGCCUUUAGCACAGGUGGCCGCAUUCUAGAUGAUUUUAGGAGUUCACUCACUCCAUUUAUGGUUGAAGCUCUUGUUUGCACUCAAGAUUGGCUUAGAAGAGGAACUCCUAUCAAUGUUGUAGAGAAUACAGAAGAGUUGACCAAACUAGAAGAAGAUAUUAUUCAGGAAUUUAAGGACAAAGCAAUUGCUGAUGCACAUGCUGCCAAGUCACAAAUCCAAGGCAGCAAAAAGAAGAUGGUUACAUCCACCAACAUUAGCUCCCAGCCAAGCAAGUCCUCCAAGGAAAGCAAAAACAAGAACUCAUCUAAAGAAAAAUGA